CUGUCUGUCAUCCACUCCAUAUCAUCCUUUACGUCUUCUCUUCUAUCGCUUCUGUCGCUUCUACCCUCGAGCCUAUUGAUUACUCUAAACAAUUACUUGAUAUCCUAGUCGCUCUACAAUCUUCCUUCUUCCUCUCCCGCUUGAAUAUCAUCCUUGUUUCUAAUUCCACCCACCCCUCGCUCUAUCAUUCUUGAGAAACUUUCUCCUGUCGUUUAUUUUUUUUUCCUAUUCAAAUAUGUGUGGCAUCUUUGGUUACAUCAAUUACUUGAUCGAGAGGGAUCGUAAAUACGUCCUCGACACUUUGCUUAAUGGACUUUCACGACUUGAGUACCGCGGUUAUGAUUCCGCCGGUCUCGCAGUUGAUGGUGACAAGAAGAACGAGGUCUGCGCCUUCAAGGAGGUUGGAAAGGUUGCGAAGUUGAAGGAACUUAUUGAGGAAUCAAAACCCGAUCUCACCAAAACAUUCGAGUCGCACGCGGGUAUCGCUCACACCCGCUGGGCUACUCAUGGCAUGCCCUCGCGCCAGAACUGCCACCCUCACAGAUCCGACCCCAACUGGGAAUUCUCUGUCGUCCACAACGGUAUCAUCACAAACUACAAGGAACUGAAGGCCCUACUUGAAACUAAGGGAUUCCGCUUUGAAACCGAGACUGACACAGAAUGUAUUGCCAAAUUGGCCAAAUAUCUUUACGAUGAACAUCCCGACAUUGAGUUUACCGUCCUGGCAAAGGCCGUGAUCAAGGAGCUUCAGGGUGCUUUCGGUCUCCUCAUCAAGUCUGUGCACUAUCCUCAUGAGGUAAUUGCUGCCCGCAAGGGAUCGCCUCUGGUUAUUGGCGUCAGGACUUCCAAGAAGAUGAAGGUUGAUUUCGUGGACGUUGAGUAUUCGGAAGAUGGAGCGCUCCCUGCCGAACAAGCUUCUCAGAAUGUUGCAAUCAAGAAGACCGCCGCCACUCUUCUUGCGCCCCCGGACAAGUCCUUGCUGCAUCGUUCUCAAUCGCGUGCUUUCCUUUCCGACGAUGGCAUUCCGCAACCCGUGGAGUUUUUCUUGUCUUCUGACCCUUCUGCUAUUGUGGAACACACAAAGAAGGUCCUUUACCUGGAGGAUGAUGAUAUUGCCCACAUCCACGAGGGACAGCUGAACAUCCACCGCUUGACUAAGGAUGAUGGUACCUCCAACGUCCGUGCCAUUCAAACAAUUGAGCUCGAGCUUCAGGAGAUCAUGAAGGGUAAAUUCGACCACUUCAUGCAGAAGGAGAUCUUCGAGCAGCCCGAAUCCGUUGUGAAUACCAUGAGAGGUCGUUUGGACGUUGCCAACAAACAGGUCACUCUCGGUGGUCUCAGACAGUAUAUUUCUACUAUCCGCCGCUGCAGACGCAUUAUUUUUAUCGCCUGCGGUACCAGCUAUCACUCGUGCAUGGCUGUCCGUGGAGUCUUUGAAGAACUUACAGAGAUCCCCAUUGCCGUUGAGCUGGCGUCUGACUUCUUGGACAGAGAGGCCCCUGUCUUCCGUGACGACACUUGCGUGUUUGUCUCUCAGUCUGGAGAAACGGCCGAUUCGCUUAUGGCUCUCCGCUACUGCCUUGAGCGAGGUGCACUCACAGUUGGAAUCGUCAACGUUGUUGGGUCCUCAAUCUCCAUGCUCACCCACUGCGGUGUUCACAUCAACGCCGGUCCUGAGAUUGGUGUCGCAUCCACCAAGGCUUACACGUCUCAAUUUGUUGCGAUGGUCAUGUUUGCUCUGUCCCUGAGCGAAGACCGCGCAUCUAAGCAGAAGAGGAGAGAGGAAAUCAUGGAUGGGCUGGCUCAAGUUUCUGGCCAGUUCAAGGAGAUCCUGAAGCUGAAUGAGCCCAUCAAAGAGAUGUGCGCCAAGUUUUUCAAGAACCAAAAGAGCUUGCUUCUACUGGGUCGUGGCAGUCAAUUCCCCACAGCUCUCGAAGGCGCACUGAAAAUCAAGGAGAUCUCUUACCUUCAUUGCGAGGCUGUUAUGUCCGGAGAACUGAAACACGGUGUUCUGGCCCUUGUUGAUGAGAACCUCCCCAUCAUCAUGAUCCUCACCCGGGAUAAGAUUUUCACGAAAUCGUUGAACGCGUACCAGCAAGUUAUUGCUCGCGGGGGUCGUCCCAUUGUCAUCUGUAACCAUGAUGACCCGGAGUUCUCGACUGCACAGACCGAGAAGAUUGAAGUGCCCAAGACCGUGGACUGCCUUCAAGGUCUUCUAAAUGUCAUUCCUCUGCAGCUGAUUUCCUAUUGGCUUGCGGUGGGCGAGGGUCUUAAUGUUGACUUCCCUCGCAACCUUGCCAAGUCGGUGACUUUACAUAUCCAUAGAAAGGGUUUUUACUGUCACUAUAUUAUUGGUUCUGGACUCCGCAUCGCAAUCGUACAUGCAAGGUGGAACAUGCCUAUUAUUGAGCCAUUGAUCACCGGCGCAAAGAAGAAGCUUCUGGCGGCUGGAGUGGCGGACGAAGACAUCACUAUUGAAAGCGUCCCAGGGAGCUACGAGUUGCCAUUUGCAGUGCAGCGAAUCUACAGUGCUUCUCAGAUCCAAGCCGCUCAAAGUUCUAAUUCCGCCGAGGGAAUUAGUGCAACUGAUCUGUUAUCAUCCUCAACCACGGAUCUGAGCAAGUCGGGGACGCAGGGAUCGGCCGCUAGUCACCGGCCGUUUGAUGCAGUCAUUGCAGUUGGUGUUCUGAUUAAGGGAGAAACUAUGCACUUUGAGUAUAUCGCAGACGCCGUCACACAUGGACUUAUGCGCGUCCAGCUCGAUUCGGGUGUACCGGUUAUUUUUGGGCUGUUGACAGUUCUGAACGAGCAACAGGGCCUGGAACGCGCUGGGUUGGGCAGCAAGGGCAUGCAUAAUCAUGGCGAAGACUGGGGCAAUGCUGCUGUGGAACUGGGUCUGAAACGGAGAGGCUGGGCGGAUGGCAAGUUUUUGUAG